AUGUUGUAUUCUCUAUACACAGCGACGUCAGUUGCCGCCCUGGUCUUGACCAUCUAUCUGAUAAUAUGUCGGAUCCGUGAUUAUGCACGAUUAAGACAUGUUCCGGGACCGUUCUGGGCACACUGGACCGAUCUCUGGCUGAUUAAAGCUCAGCUUAGCGGCAAGCUCGCAUUUACUCUGCAGGACUUACACAACAAGCACGGUCCCAUUGUAAGAAUAGCCCCCAACUGGGUCGUUGUCGGUGAUGGUGCUACUAUGCGGCGCCUUUGGGCGGCCCGAUCACCCUGGAAGCGAGGCGCAUGGUAUCGAGGUUUGAGAUUCGACCCUUACUCCGAUAGCGUCUUUACAGCUUUGGACGAUAAGCAGCAUGACUCCAUGAGGGCGAAGCUCGCUCCCGGAUAUGCAGGCAAAGACGUAGAAGGGGUGCAGGAACUCGUCGAUGAGCAAGUGGCUGGGCUCAUUAACCUGCUGGAAACUCGUUACCUUUCCACUGAACACGAAUUCAAGACUGUCGACCUAGCUCGCAAAGUUCAGUAUUUUACACUCGACGUCAUCUCAGCUGUGGGCUUUGGCAAAAAGUUUGGUUAUUUGGAUUCGGACGCCGAUACCCUUCGUUAUAUCGAAGUGACUGAGAGAUCAGUCCCUUCACUGUUGGUAAUUGCGUUGCAACCAUGGAUGCUCAACAUCCUGCAAUCUCGUACGCUCAGACCCAUUGUUCCGGACGUGACAAAGAUUAUGGGAAUUGGCGAUGUUAUACGCAGAGCUCGGGAAGCCGUAAAUGAACGCUAUGGCGAAAAUCCUGUGGUCAAACGCGAUAUUCUUGGUUCUUUCGUCACUCAUGGCUUGACCAGGGAACAAGCGGAGGGCGAAACAACGGUCCAGAUUGUCGCCGGUUCCGACACAACUGCUGCAGCUAUCAGGUCCACCAUGCUCUUCAUCAUAACAAAUCCCCAUGUCUACACCCGCCUUCAAGCUGAGAUUGACCAGGCCGCUAAGCAAGGUCUCAUCUCGUCACCAAUUACGGACGCAGAAGCAAGGCGAUUUGAAUACCUCCAGGCCGUCAUCAAAGAAGGUCUGCGCAUCUGGCCCCCAGGGACAGGCUUGCUGCCCAAGGUUUCUCUUAAAGAUGAGUUGAUGGGCGAAACACAUAUUCCUGCUGGAACAAAUGUGGCAUGGUCUCCUUUCUCAGUGACGCACGAAAAAGAAGUCUUUGGGCCAGACGCUGGCAUGUUUCGGCCCGAGAGGUGGCUUGGAAUUUCGAAAGAAAAAUACCGCAUGAUGGAAACGCAGACCAUGCUAUUAUUCGCAGGAGGAAGUCGAUUCGAGUGCCUUGGCAAAAAUCUUGCUAUGAUGGAACUCAACAAGGUUUAUGUUGAGCUCCUGAGAAGAUUUGAUUUCACGAUUGUUAACCCGGCAAUACCAUGGACUUCUGAGAAUUAUGCGAUCCACAUUCAGAGGGAGUUUAAUGUGAAAAUAACGCGACGAAGUAAACCAGUAUAG